AUGUUAUUUACUUUCAGAUUAGGCAGUAUUUUUCAAAAACAUUUAACGUUGGGAAGAAGCGUUGGAGUUAUUUCAUUUGUUGUCUUUGAUGGAUCGCCCCUGCCUGCCAAGGCAAACGAAGCAGCCAAAAGGCAAAGGUAAGUUAAAAUCAAAUGGCUAGGUAUAUCAAUUAAGCAUCUCAAUUACAUACUUGCAGUAAACCUAUAAACGGCUAAAUAUAUUUUCACCAUGCAACUGUAAAACGAAAGACGAUGCAUUGAGAAAAGCAAACAAAGCAGGCAAUCUGGAAGAGCAGAACAAAUUACUUAGCCAAGGAAUUUCCAUUUCAUUUGAGGAUAUUUCAACAUGCAUUGAAUGAUUGAAGUAACUAUAUGUCUGUAAUAUUCCAUACUCGUAUGAUCUAAUUGUUUACUAGACGGAUAUAUAAGAACUCAAGGCCAUGUUUGUGUAUUAUUAGGUAUGUGUCAAGAAGAAUAUUCGUUACAUUGUAUCUCCAUAUGAAUCUGGGAAGAGAUUAUUUCGCUGGCCUCAAAGUGACAAAACGUAACAAAGCAACGGUUUUACUAACACUAACCCUACUCCAAACACCAACUCUAACCAUAACCCUAAUCCUUACCCUAACCCUAAUCUAACCCUACUCCAAAUUUGCUUCUAAACCAAUCUUGAAGAAAAAAGUUUUGACGAAAUGUCAUUCUGAGGUCAGCGAAAUAGUUGAUGCCAUGAAUCUGAUGCUCAGAUAGCAUCUCUUGUAAAACAUGGUCAUGCAGAUUUUGUUAUCACAGAGGACUCUGAUUUACUCACCUAUUGGUUUCACUAUAGUUAGUUGCACAACACCAGAUCCCACAACCCAAAUGAAAUUUUGGAAGGUUUGAAAUUAAGUUUUCAACAAUUUCAAAAAUUGUGUGUUGCAGCUGGGUGCGAUUAUGUUGAAAAAGUUAAAGGAAUUGGAACCCACAGGGCAUAUGCAUUGGUUUGUGGUAAUAAUUUGCUUGAAGAAUUGGCAAAAAAGGGGGCACCAGAUGAUUAUGAAGAGCAUUUCAACAAUGCCUUGGCUGUUUUUAACCAUCAGACAGUCUUUAGCAUUGGCAGUAUGAAAUGUGUUCCUCUGAAUGAGUGGAACAAAUCUGUUACAAACAAUUGCAAGCUUCAACAUUUUUGUGGAAUGUAUCCUUGAAUAAAAAGUUGUCAAUGCCUAUGUAAUUUCAUGUAAAAAUUAUAUUGAUCAAUUUCUACAUGUACAAAUCAAAAAUCCUAACUUACAUCAGAAUACUCGAUGACACAACUUCCAUCAACCUUGCCUCGGGUAAUCUGGAUCCAAAAAGUGGUGUGAAAGUGAAGGUGAUUUUCAUUUUAUUAAUAAAAUUUCCAUCCAGGAAAAUUUAGGAAUGGAAAAAAAUGCAUGUGUUUUUGUAAUUUUCAGAGAACCCAAACAAAUGAAUUGGGUCAUUCCAGAAAACCAAAACAAAUGUAAAGGGACAGUUAAUCCUCACUUUCAUAUUCCAACAAACCAUUAGCACACAUAUGAAUUACUAGAAACCUUACAGCUUCUAAAAACUUUGCUCUAUAAUAUUAUGAUUAAAUGAACUCAUUAAAAAUUUAGGUGUUUAUUAAGAAUGACAACCAGAAUACCACAAAUGAGGACCAGUCGGCUUCAGAAGAAACGGACAAUGAAACAAAUGGUAUAUAUGAAAUGUAUACGAAAAAUAGUAUAGAUAUACAAUGUAGUUUAUUCAAGGGCGGAUUCAUUUUUUAGAAGGAGGGGUGGAAAAUUUAGUAGGGUGUAAGCGGCACCACUGAGCGAGCUUCGGCAGGGGUUGGGCAUUAGGGUUAAAGUCACACAAAAUAGGAGUGGUGAAGCAAAAUUUUGGUGGGGUUGAACACUUUAUAAGAGGGGUUAGAGAGAUUCUAGGGGGUAAGGGGGGGGGGCAUUAACCCCCUAACCUCCACAGUAAAUCUGCCCAUGAGUUUAUUACAAAUCCCAGUUUCAAAGUCCAUUGUUUUCAAGCAUCAUCAUUUCUAACUAUGUAAGGGAACAAAUUAGUGCAUAUUGAUAUGUUAGAUCGCAAGUUGCAUUGCUUCUCUUAGUUCUCUGUUAAAAUUCAAAAGGAAACAUUGUGCAUUUAAUUUUAAAGUUAACAUUUUUAAAUCUCACAUUUUUGCUUUAGAAAACGAAAGACUGGAAGUGGAUAUCAUUCAGAUUGAUCCAAUACCAUUUCCUUAUAAAAUCCCAUCAUUUCCAGUGAUUACUGUGAACUUAAGAAAGGUCAAAUAUAUUUGUGAAGGAAAGGAAUACGAAGGACUAAUUAAAGACGAAGGGCCACGUAGUAUCACGCUAGGCCAUUAUGCUUGCAUGUCCUCGUGUUCCAUAGAAAUUGACAACAAAUCGUUUUUGGUCCUUUGGGAGUUAUCCAGAUAUUUACCGGCAAAUGUACCAACAACUAGCGGGAGUGAUGACAAUCCUACAGAUGAACUUGGUGAACCUUACUGCCUACCAUUUAAGGUUUUGCUUAUGAUAUUUCAAGACAGAAUUCCCUGGAAGAGGCGUACGAGUACUAAUUGUAUGAAUACAAUCGACCCGUCUUUGUUAAAAUAG